AUGGGUUUUGGUAUUAGAUGGAGGACGUGGGUGAAGGAAUGUGUGACUACAGCGUCUAUGUCAGUGUUGAUUAAUGGGUCACCAUCCAAGCCGUUCAAGAUGGAGAGAGGUCUGAGACAAGGAGAUUCUCUUUCUCCUUUUCUGUUCGUUCUUGUCGCUGACGUCUUGCACAGGAUGGUGGAUGAGGCAGUCAGGAAUGGGUGCAUUUCUCCAUUGUUGUUGGGGAGUGACAACAUAGAGUUGUCGCAUCUCCAAUUUACAGAUGACACCAUAUUAUUUUGCCCACAGGAAACGGAGACACUAGUGAACUAUAAAAGACUUCUGCGUUGUUUCGAGCUGAUGUCUGGCCUGAGCAUUAACUUUGAUAAGUCAAGCUUGAUUUCGGUUAACUGUGAGAAGGAAUGGAUGACAAAUAUGUGUGGUUUGUUGGGAUGUGCUGAAGCUACUUUACCUAUCAGAUACUUGGGAAUUCCUCUAGGUGCAAAUCCUCGGUUGGUGAAAACCUGGAAACCAAUCAUUGACAAGGUGGAAGAUAAGCUGAGCCUAAGGAAAGCGAAGUCUCUCAAUAAAGCUGGUAAGCUGGUUCUCAUAAAAUCUGUUCUUAAUAGCAUGUCAGUAUACUACUUAAGCUUGUAUAAAAUGCCAAAGGUGGUUGCAGAAAGGAUUAUAGGAUUACAAAGAAGGUUUUUAUGGAGUAAAGAAGAUGGGAAUAAUGGUAUACCUCUUGUGAAAUAG